AUGACCGCAGUAUUGAGAACGAAUAAGUACUUGCAAUUUUUUGUACCUGACGAAUUAGAAGGCGUUAAUGAUUAUUUUAAAGAGGUGGAGGCUCAGAAUUGGAGAUUAAAACACUAUCUUAAUUACCGUUUAGAAAAUGAUGAUAUUAUCUUAGCCUGGACAACGGUUUAUAAAGAUUGGAAAGAAUCGCUCGAAAUAAUUACCAAGAACAAUUAUAAAAAUAUUCCGGGUUGUAUAUGCUCUUUUUGUACCGAUUUAUUAGACAUCAAUACUUUCGAAGGUUCGUCUGUUCUAUCAUGUUGUAUGGACUGGUAUACCGAUUUCUAUGAUCGGAACUUCGACCUACAGUUCGCUGAUAGAAUUCAGCAACUGGAGACGACUAUAUUCUCAUCUCAAAAAAUGGCAGAGCUUCUGCGAAAAACAACAAGUAAAAACAAACGAACACAGGAUAGCAAUGAAGCAGGGCCAAGUGAAAAACGCAUUCGACGAGAUACCUAUAAUUUUGAAUCUAAAAUGCAUGAAAAUACACCGUCACCAAUCCUAUUGAGUUCUCAGACGCACAAACUAAGUGAGGGGGAAGAUCAGAAAGAUCAAGAGGAUGAAGAAGUCGACGAAUAUGAACCCGAUUCUGAAGAAGACGAAGUUAAACAGCGAAGAAAACUGGUUCUUGAUUUUCUAAUAACCCAAAGCGAAGAGUUAAAAGAACAGAUACAGCUUGUACCCACAGACCAGUACAUUAUCACAAGUAGCGAGGAAACUGUAAAUGUGUCAUCGCUGUUUCAAGAAAUAAAGUCGAUGGCCCUAUCAUUAGCACAAACAAAAAAACUUUCAUAUUCUAAUAAUUAUAUAUAUUAUGUUCUUUCUUUGUCUUCUGUUUUUUUGAUACCAGAUCAUCGGACGAGUCCGUAUCCAAAUAUCAGUGUGACAAACUGGAAGGUCAUCCGGGCCGACUUUAGAUUAUCAUACGAGUUUGACAUAAAUUUUCAAUUAGUACAAGACACGACCAACAAGGCAGUCGAAGCUUAUGAAGAAUAUGGUAAGAGGACCGCAAUUAAUGUUGUUGAUAAAGCUUUAUAUCCCAGGGCUUUUGGAGAAGACAAGGAUAACAUUGUUGGAGAUACUAGGAUACUACUUGAGCUAAUUAGAUCAUACCUUCGGAGUUUGCCAUUAGAACUUGAAUGGGAUUGUCCAAUCUCAGAACCUGACUACUGGAUCUCCCAUUUAGCGCCUAUUUUGAAUGUAUAUACUGAUGAUAAUGGUGCCUGUAUUAUAUGGAAUACACGCUCAAAAAAUUCGGCAAAAAGAAAGAAAAUGAUCGAUCCCCCAUUAAUUGCUCGUACACCAGAUGCAACCUUUAAGUGUUUCAACAUUCUGGUAGGAGGGUUGGAAGUGAAAGUACCAGAAGUAAAAACAGAGCAAUUAAUCUUCUAUGAUCUUUUUAGAUUGACGCAAUUUUUAAAAGAAGAUCUUGACGUAAUCAUUAAUACGACAAAUGUAGAGAAUCCAAAAGUCUUUGAGAUUCAUGUGCAUGGAGGUAAUGCGAUAUGUUAUGUAAUGCAAUUGGAUCACGAAGGAAUUUACGAACUUAGAGAAUGUUGCAAAGUACCUAUCCCUAUGGUUAUGAGUGAUUUAUGUAAAAUGAUAUAUGCUAUGAACAAGUACAUUGCAUUCUUAAAGAUGCAACGCACCAUGUUUAAAAAGCUUAUAAAAACAACUUGCAAG